AUGAUUGACGGACGCUAUCAAGUAAACCUUCCUUGGAAUGAAAAUGCCAUUUUAAUGCCCGAUAACUAUGUCAAUGCUGAAGGACGUUUCCGAACACUAGUUAGGAAAUUUAGGAAAAAUGCUGAAUUUCUUGAUCAGUAUAAAGGCAUUAUAACGAAGCAUAUUACGGAAGGAAUUGCUGAAAAGGUGGAGGGUAACAUAAAUGAUCAUGUUUCGAAGACUUUCUACAUGCCUCAUCAAGCAGUCAUCCGCGAAGAUAAAUUGACAACUAAAAUGAGAAUAGUUUUCGAUGCUUCGUCUUGUGCUCCUGGUUCUCUCUCUCUCAAUGACUGUUUACAUCCUGGUCCAAACCUUACUCCAGAUUUGUUAGCAUUGCUUUUGCAGUUUAGGUUAAAUAGAAUCGCCUUAACAGCAGAUAUCGAGGGAGCCUUUCUGCAAAUUGCAUUGGCUCCAGAAGAUAGAGACGCACUCCGAUUUUUAUGGUUAAAGGAAGAUUUAAAUAUGGAAUCGCAAAUUUUAAGAAUGACGCGUGUCAGUUUUGGCACAAGUUCCUCUCCGUUUUUGCUUAGUGCUACAAUAAAACAUCACAUAAAGAAAUAUAAAGAAAAUUAUCCAGAUGCAUUUUACAUCUUGAACAAUAAGUUAUAUGUUGACGAUCUCAUCCAUAGUCUAGAAGACGAAGAAACUGCAUUGAAAGCUCAUCUAGAAGUAAAAAGUAUUUUGAGAGAAGCUGGAUUCAACAUGAGAAAACGGAGAACGAAUUCUGAAGCACUGGAAGUUAAAUUGCGCGAAGAAUCCAUCAACGACUCUGCCUCUUGCAAAAUUCUAGGCUACUGCUGGAACUCAAAGCAAGACCUUCUGAGCAUCGAAAAUGAAAAGCUGCUCAGUGAGAAAAGUGCACACGAUUUGAAAGCAACCAAGAGGGGUGUUAUAAGAACUGCAGGAAAAGUAUUUGAUCCUAUCGGACUGAUUUCACCAUUUACAGUACGAGGAAAGAUUCUUUUGCAAGAAAUUUGGAAGAGAAAAUUAAAUUGGGAUGAUCCGCUUCCACCGGACUUGAAGGACACCUUUCAAAAUUGGUGCGAAGAGCUAUAUUACUUAAAUGAAAUUCGAGUACCGAGGCAUUUAACUUCGAUGAACAAAAUGGAAGAAUUGUCUGAUUGGACACUUCACUGUUUUGUAGAUGCUAGUAAAAAGGCCUAUGGGGCUGUAAUUUAUGUAGGUUUCAGAGAUUCAAGUGGGAAUUAUAAUACAACGUUAGUAGCCUCAAAAUCAAGAGUCGCACCGAUACAUGACAUUACUCUUCCAAGAUUGGAGCUUCUUUCAGCGCUCAUAGGAGCAAGAUUGUUUCAGUAUAUUCGAAAUAGUCUGACUCUUCCAGAAAACGUUGGAUUUUACUUCUGGUCAGAUUCCAUGAUAACAUUACACUGGAUUAAGGGAAGCACAAGAAAACUUAAAAUGUUUGUAAGAAAUAGAGUCGAAGAAAUCAAAAGGAUUUGCCUUCCUGAGUGGUGGCAUCAUUGUCCUGGAACUGAAAACCCCGCGGACUUACUAUCAAGAGGAGAAAACAUAAUUACCUUGAAGGAUAAAGAACUGUGGUGGCAAGGACCACCAUGGAUAAGGAAAAACUCUGAUCAAUUGCUAGAAAGAAUCAAUGAAGAGUCUCAUGAAGUUGAUUUUGAAUCUGAAUUUCAGGAAGCAACUAAUCUACAUGUAAGUACGGAAUUCGGAGCUCUUUUUGAUCUACACAAAUUCAGUAAAUUCAAUAAGGUACUGAGAAUAACAUCGUGGAUUAAAAGAUUCGUCUUCAACACGAAAAAUCCUCGCGGUAAGAGAACUGAAGCGUUAACUUCGGAAGAACUUCAAUCAGCUGAGGAGUACUGGAUAAAAUUUACUCAGAUGGAAAACUUUCCUGAAGAAUAUUUGGCUUUGAGAGAAGGAAGAAGAUUGCUGACAAUUCCUCAGGCUGGUAAAGAAAUCAGCUCCUCUCUUUCCCAGCUGCUUAAAUUACGGAAGUACCAAGAAGAUCUCCUGAACAGCUUAUGGAAUAGAUGGAAAUCCUCGUAUCUUCUUGAACUAAGGUCUGCUCAUCAAUCUAAGUCA